AUGCGUCCGUGUUCGGCAGCACGUCUCGGUGUCAGAUUUCCUCGCAGCCUGCGGCCGGCGUCAGGGACACCCAGCUUUCACCAGAUUAACUUGGCAUAUCCUGGGCUGGAGAUGGUGAGGAGCCAGCCGGACAUCUUCCUGGUGCACGACUUCUUCAGUGCCACGCAAUGUGAGCGGCUGAUUCGGAAGGCACAACAGGGUGAUGCCAUGGUACCUGCCGGGGUCUUCAGCCCGCAAGGCUUGAAACGUUCCGAGUCGCGCACCAGUUCCCAGUGCUUGUGUCCGCAGAGGGAAGUGCCCAGCUUGCUGCACAAAGUGGUGGAACUGCUGGGAUGUCCUUCACGCCACCUCGAAGCCUGCCAAAUUAUUCGCUACGAGGCCGGGCAAUUCUUUGCGCCGCACGGUGAUUUCAGCAGCAACGGCACGAGAUCCAGCGCGGGAUUUGUGGAUUGCGCGCGCUUGGCCACCCUCUUCGUUUACCUGAAUGAUGUGGAGAGAGGUGGUGAAACCGACUUCCCCAAUGCUGCGCCGCCGCUGCGAGUGACGCCCAGCAGAGGCCUCGCGGUGGUUCACUUCCCCGCCAGCCUGGAUUAUGUGUCGGAUGCACGGCGGACCAGGCAUCAGAGCCUCCCCGCAGUGGACGAGAAAUGGAUCUUCGCCACCUGGAUGUGGAGCGGGCCCCGCAGCCAAAACCUGGAGCUCCUGCGGCAGCUGGGACGAGGUUACAGCCAUGUUUGGCCCGAAAGCUACGACCCGCUGAGCACCGAUGUGAUCUGA